CAGCAACACAAGAAUCUUCUGUUGAUGUAACUGCCCGCCUGCUCCACAUGCCUGCCCCUGCCCCAGCAGCCCCAACGCGUCUUCCAGAUAACCGAAGGCCGUACCUUCGUGAUAUGCCCGUUCUAACUCCAAGCAUGCCCUCUUGAUGACCUCGAUUUAACUGUGCUCGUUGUUGUUAUUGUCUUUUUAGCUAAUUGCGACCUUGGUUUGGAUUUUCGAGUUUCGGUUUUUGGUACCAAGCUCAGCACAAAUUAGCCCCUACCUACAUCUAUAUUUCACUGUGCCACUUCUCCCAUGCAGAGCCGGUCUCGUCGAGGCGAGACGCCUGCAUCGACCGCCAAUGUGCGGUCAGGCACCGGAGCUCGCAUGGGCUCCCGUCUCGCCACAUCCAGAACAUCGAAUCUAAGGCAGCCCAUGCAUCAUGCCGUCGCCGCUGCGAGAAUCGAUCGUGCCGCUGCUGCGUCGCCCGCCGAGUCCCUGUCAUCGGUUGCAACAACAGGCACGAAGCGCAAGGAGCGUGACUUCGAGGUAGACAGCGCACAAGAGACAAACAUCCAAGUCGUCGUACGGUGUCGCGGUCGAAAUAAACAGGAACAGCGCGAGAGUAGCGCCGUUGUUGUGUCUACCGAUGCCGUUCGAGGGAGCGUCGUCGACCUGUCCAUGGGACCUAGCGCCCUCAGCAACAAAACCUACAACUUCGACCGUGUUUUUUCUCCGGCCGCUGACCAGAGCAUGGUAUACGAGGAUGUCGUGAAGCCCAUAUUGGAGGAGAUGUUGAGCGGCUACAACUGCACUAUUUUCGCCUAUGGUCAGACCGGCACGGGUAAAACAUACACCAUGUCGGGAGAUAUGGACGAGACAUUCGGCCUAUUGUCUGAUGAGGCCGGUAUCAUCCCCCGUGUGUUGCACUCGCUGUUCAAGAAGCUGGAUUCGGAAGACACCGAGAGCUUUGUGAAGUGCUCCUUCAUCGAGCUUUACAACGAAGAGCUGCGAGAUCUCAUGUCCGUCGACGACAACACCAAGCUGAAGAUUUUUGAUGAAGUGUCCCGGAAAGGCCACGCCACUACCGUCGUCCAGGGGAUGGAGGAAGCCCAUAUCAGAAACGCAUCAGAGGGAAUCAAACUGCUCCAGGAGGGUAGUCUAAAGAGACAGGUCGCAGCUACGAAAUGCAAUGAUCUCAGCAGUCGAAGUCACACUGUUUUCACCAUAACGGCCUGCGUCAAGAAGGCUGGCGAAGACGGUGAAGAUUGGGUUAGUGCUGGAAAAUUAAACCUUGUUGAUCUCGCUGGUAGCGAGAAUAUUCAACGAUCCGGUGCUGAGAACAAACGUGCCGCCGAGGCCGGCCUGAUCAACAAGAGUCUCCUCACUCUCGGGCGGGUCAUCAAUGCUCUGGUGGAUCACAGUUCACAUAUUCCUUACAGGGAGUCUAAGCUAACCCGUCUUUUGCAAGACUCCCUCGGAGGUCGAACGAAAACUUGCAUUAUAGCCACCGUUUCUCCAGCCAAGAGCAACCUUGAGGAAACCAUCUCAACUCUUGACUAUGCCUUCAGGGCCAAAAACAUUCGCAACAAGCCCCAAGUUAACCAAAUGAUCCGGAAGGGCGCUUUACUUAGGGAUUUGGCGCACGAAAUCGAGAAGUUAAAAAGCGAGCUGAUUGCAACACGACAACGGAAUGGAGUCUAUCUAUCUAAUGAGAGCUACGAAGAGAUGGCUACAGUCAGCGAAUCGAGGCGAAUACAGAACGAUGAGCAAGCCGCCAAGAUUGAGACUCUGGAGUCCAACCUCCGAAACAAGGUGCAAGAACUUUUCUCCUUAACGUCAAGCUUCAUGGGUUUGAAGAAAGACCAUGAGGAGACGAAGCUACAGCUAGAAGAUACCAAGGGUGUCUUGGACCAGACGGAGCUUGUGCUGGAGGCCACACGCAAAACCCUCGCUGAGGAAACUCUUCUUCGCAAAGCACACCAAAAGACAGAGGAACAGAUGCAUGUCAUGGGAAACAAGCUCAUCAAAACGCUUCACCAAACAGUCGGGCAUGUUGGGGGUCUACAUGCCAAGAACAAGAGAAAAUCCGAUCUUCAGGCGCUGAAUCGCACAAACUGGGGUCUUGCUCAAGACCAGGUAUCUGAAAUUACAUCCUUAGUCGAAGCCCGCAUAGAGGAAUUCCAGAGCGAACAGCAACAACACAUCUCUAGCAUAUCAGAACGCAUGCAAACCUUUGUCGAGGCAGAACUAGAGAAGCUUUCAUCAACGCAGUCCUUUCUUAAUCGAAACCUCGAAGUCUUUUCCUCGUCGAAGAAGGAGCUAGUAGAACAGAGGCAGAAGUCGAAAGAAGAGAUGGAUCAGGUGCUAGAAGAAAUCAAAGAAGUACGCGACAACAUUAAAGAACGGGUUGACGAGAGUCUCCGUGCGAUCGCGACAGCCGCGGAAACAAUCGCAGAGGACGUCCUCAGCGAGCUUGGUACAUUCCACAACCUCUUGCAUACGUCAUAUUCCGCCUUAGGUAAAGACUUCAAAGCUAUUUUUGAGGAAUUAUUGAAUCACAACGCUGCCCAGAGGAAAGAGUCCGACGAUCUUAGAGUGCAGCUAGAGGAUGCUACUGAGAAAAUCUCGCAGUCCAAUGCGUCGAUCUCAAUUCAGAUACAGAAUGCAUUAGAUGAAGAAAGGAAAGAAGCUGGAGAGGAACGCCGUCUCUUGCUAGCACAGAUCACCUCUCUCAUUGACUCCCAAGCCAAGGCCCAGGAAACCCGCCUAGCAAACAGGGCAACUCUGAUUCGGCAGAAUGUUGAAGACAAUAGUACUUUAUUGGGGGGGAGUGUGGCGCAGUAUGCCAAAGGCAUGGAUAGUUGGAAUGCACGAGAAGGGAAAUUUCUUGACGAGAUUGCUACCUCUCGUGAAACACUGAAAUCCAAGCUGCAGGAUGACUGGACCGCCGCGAAUACUCAUAGCACCUCAAUUCAAAAGACGACCAAGUCCGUCCAUGCUGAAACAGUGCGGGUUGUCGACGAACAGAUCCGGGAUCUUGAUGCCCAGAUGACUUCUCUCGACGAUUUCGUAACACGUGCUCGCUCACAGAAUUCGGAGCAUGACAGUCAGCAUGCAACAUCAUUGAACAGCCUCUCCAGCACAGUAGAGGACUCGUAUGCGAACAUUGGUCAACACUUUCAAACAACGUGCUCUCGGGUUGAGGAGCUGGGUUCAGAGAUGGAAAUCGACAUCAAAGCUGCAGAAGAGGCACUUGAACCAUUACCCGCCAACUUGUGUCAACCUCUAGCCGAUCUUCGCGAAGAUAUCUCCAGUACAGUGAUAAGGGAAUACCAGCCAACGGGUGACACACCUCAAAAGCUGACAUACGACUAUCCUACUGAACUACCUCGCACGAAGGCACACACCUCCUUGAUUGCCAAGUUCAAUGGGGAGCCGUCGCCUAGUAAAGCACCUGUGUUUGCGGACACAGACACAACCCUGUCAGAAAAUCGAUCACCUUCUCGGCCCGUCACUAGCGAUGACUCGAGCGGUUUGUUGGAUCGUGGUCGUAGCGCACUAGCUGUAAGUCUUCGGGAGUUACACCCGAAUGUCAACAACAGUAAUCUCAUCUCCACAUUCGACCAGCGAGCGAGCACGACAAUACAUGGGCUUGCCAAUAGCAUCGGUCCCGGCAGCUUGAUGGAACCUGAAGAUGAUAUACCUGAGGAUAUGACGAUGCCUCGCCUCUCGCAGCAUUAGUCCCAGGAGGUGGCAAGGAGAUUUUCUCCCAAAGUAUUAGCAGGAGGAAGAGUCCGAGGUUGAACUGAAACGACAUCGUUGGCAAUACGGAGUUUGGAAGUUAUGAAUAUUGGCACUGGAGUUUACGAAAAGAGGCGUUGUGCUUGGCGGGACUUGGGGCACUAAGAUACCUACUAGUUAGUUCUUGUUGAAGCUUUAUCGAAUGCAGUUGGUCGUCGUAUAAAUAGUGAUUAAUACUACUCCUUCUAGCCCACAAUUUAUCUAUUUCGGGGGACUCAGUCCUCAAUGAGUA